GUUUGGCAAUGUUCACCCCGGGCAGUCAGCUGGACACAACAACUUGCUGGUCGGACGGAUCCCACCGUACUCGGAGUGCUCCUUGCAGAACAGACCAAUUUGGAAAAAAAAAAAAAGAUCCGAUUAUUUUACACAUUCGGUCACCCGUCGCCAUGUCCCAGGCCAAAAUACAAGCUAAACUCAACGAUGUAACAGGCGGCAAGUUUAAGAGGACUAUGUCCAUGGCGGACCGGGCGGGACAACUUUUGUCGAAUUUGGAUCAGCUGGAGAUAAGGGUGGAGGCACUUCGCGAAACCGCCUCGGCCAUAGAACAGGAAAGGGAAUGCAUCCUGGAGAUGAUUCAAUCCUUACAGAACAGUCAAGAAAUGCAUAACAUCAGCGCCGGAGAGAAAGAAGAGUUGACUUUGACAGCAGACCGACUAAUGGGCCGCACCUUGUCAGUGGAGAUCAACGUGGGCACCAUCAGGAACAGCCAGCAAGAGGAGGCCCUGCGCAAGGCCACGUCCAUCAUUGACGAAAUUGUGAAGAAGCUGCUGGUCGACAUGGCUGAAUCUAGGCAGCAGCUCCUCGCCCUGCACUCGGCCUGCGUGACGGAGGCGCCGGCUGUGCCCAUCGACCAGAAGUUUCAAUCUAUCGUGAUCAGCUGCGCUCUGGAGGACCAGAAGAAAAUUAAGAGAAGGCUGGAGAUGCUGCUGAGGAACGUUGGAAAUGCUGAGAAAAAUAUAAAGAUCAUGGAUCAUCAGAAAUUAGAGGAGCCAAAAGCUAAUGGCAGUCAAUAAGGAAUUGUCACCAAAACCUAAAAUGUCCUUCACUGUCUUAACCAAACUCUGAUAAGGGAUACAUGCAUAUGUUGUGUACCCAAGGGCCAAAACCACCAUCACACCAGAAUGAAAUGUUUGACAUACUUAAUUAGAGUCUUGAGUUUUACCUCCACUACCUCAAUGCAUGAAGGAGAUACAGGCCGCAUUAAGAUGAGGAUUUGUUUGCAUGAAACUCUUUUUGUGUGCACAAGUGAAUAAAAUUGAACAAAUCAAAGGCAGCCUGUCACA